CGCGCCGAUACGCUUCGACUCCUCACCACCGCACCGCAACACACAACAACUCCACAAGGUCGUAUCCCGUCGAUGUAGGUGGUCAGGAGUAGGUGUUCUCGGCAUCAAUAUGCUCAGUGCAUUUGACCGACUGAAACAAGUGGACUGGGCCGGCGUGAGGCGCGAUGGCCACAAUAUCUUCACUAAACUUAUACGCACCCGAGAUCCCAAUGAUUCAGAGACGAAUCAAGAACUAACUGUUCCAGGAAAACAACGACUUUCGCGAUGCCUCACGACUACCGAUCUAACAUCCCUCGGGGUUGGUUCAUGCGUUGGUACUGGCAUGUACCUCGUAGCGGGCAUGGUGGCUCGCAAGUUCGCUGGACCAGCAGCCCUUAUCAGCUUCACCAUCGCUGCUUUAGCCAGCAUCUUCUCGGGGGCAUGUUAUGCUGAGUUUGGAGUCCGUGUACCGAAUACAACAGGCUCGGCGUAUAGUUACUCGUAUGUCAGCGUUGGAGAAUUUAUCGCCUUCGUCAUUGGAUGGAAUAUGGUGCUUGAAUAUCUGAUCGGCUCCAGUGCCUGCGCUCGAGCUCUCAGCGCUUGUUUCGAUUCUCUAUUCAACGGAGCUGUUUCGAGAUACAUGGCCAAAAAAAUCGGCACGUUUUUUGGUAAACCACCAGACUUCGUCGCUUGCGGUAUAAGUCUUCUCAUGACGAUGGUCUUAGUUGCUGGUGUGAAGAAGUCCUUAUUCUUCAAUAAUGUGCUGAACGCCAUCAACCUUAGCGUAUGGGUAUUCAUCAUGACUGCUGGAUUAUUUUACGCUGAUUUCUCUAACUGGACGGAGCACAGCGGUUUCUUGCCAUACGGAUGGAGUGGGGUGUUCAGCGGAGCUGCAACUUGCUUCUACGCAUUCAUCGGCUUUGAUAUCAUUGCAACAACUGGUGAAGAAGCUAACAAUCCGAAGAGGUCCAUCCCGUUGGCCAUUGUUCUCAGUCUUGGAAUUAUUCUUCUUGCUUAUGUCAGCAGUUCAAUGAUGCUAACAUUAAUUGUACCCUACGACCAAAUUGACACGGACUCGGCCCUGGUGCAGAUGUUCUCGUACGUCCGCGCACCGACCUGCAAGUACAUAGUUGCCAUUGGCGCUCUGGCGGGCCUCACAGUAUCCAUGUUCGGUUCCAUGUUCCCCAUGCCCCGUGUAGUCUACGCAAUGGCGUCAGAUGGCCUAAUUUUCAAGCAACUGGCGAUCAUUUCGGAGACAACCGGCACACCAGCACUUGCAACAAUCUGUGGCGGAUUGGCCGCAGCCGUGGUUGCACUGCUGAUCCAACUCGAAGUUCUGGUCGAAAUGAUGAGCAUAGGUACACUCCUGGCCUACACUUUGGUGUCGACGUGCGUGCUUGUCUUGCGUUACCAACCACACACCACAAACCUAAUCGAGCUACUGCCGCAAAGUCUACGCACCCCGAUUGAACCGGAGGGCACAGCUUCCACUCAGCACGAGACAACAUUCUCUAGCAACACGCAAACACAUAUGAUGCCGUCUACAAGCCAACGGGUCAUGGUGCGCCGAGUCACUCGAAGCUCACCUGACUCUGAUGAUUCACUGCCUGGUGAUGAGAGCGAGGAAUACGGAAGAGAUGACGCGUUCCUGAUGAAUGCGCACACAGAGAAUAAGUUUUACGGUGCUGUGCCAGGUGGCUCAUGCGGGAGUUCUUCUCGCUGUGGUCGAUUCUUUGAUGCCUUGUACCGGCAACUCCAUGCUAUGUCCUACUUGUGCCCUGGACUGUUCCCUUGGGUUGACUGCGGCCCAGCUACUUACCACUCAGGAAUAUUUGUCAUUAAAUCUGUGGGAGUGAUGUACGGUCUGAUAAUCUUAUUCGAUAUAUUCGCGGCGUAUGGCAACCCAGGCACUUCGACAUUCACGACUGUCGUCAUGUGCUUACUCCUCUUGGGGAUCAUAACCAUUCUGCUCAUCAUAUCGAGGAAACCGCAAAAUCGUGUUGCCUUGAUGUACGCUACACCGGGUCUACCGUUUGUUCCCGCCACUGCGAUUCUUGUCAACAUCUACCUGAUUUUGAACUUGUCGAUCCUGACUCUGGUCCGCUUCACUAUUUGGAUGACUCUUGGUUUGGUGAUGUACUUCAAAUAUGGCAUCAAAAAUUCGACCUUGGAAACUAACCCUCCGGUGAUCCCGCCUCCCACGCCACCGACGCCCAGCCCUCUCGAGAGGACCACUCUGCCACCUCCGAGCCCUGCCCGCGCUACUGGCGAUCGUAACAUCUUUGAAGGCGACGGCGGCGGCAGCGGACUCUAUGGCACCCUGGAUCAGUACCCAGACCCACUGCUCACUUGGCAUGUAACUGAGCUGGAGCCAGCACAAUCCACCAGCCGUAGCAGCACUGCUUACGUCGAAUCACGCUACAAUGCCAAAACCAACAGCACCACCUCCCAUACGUCCAGCCGUCCACCAUGGGCCUACCCGGACUACGAAUCCUGGGAUGACUAA